AUGAACUGGGAAGGUGGUUUUUACAAAUAAUAAAUAUAGGAAAUUAAGGAAGAACCUUAUGUAUUAGUAUUUAUAAUUGUUAGAAGAGGGAUAAUAUAAGAAGGGAUUAUAAUUAAUAAUCAUCCACCCUUAGGGAUUAGUAAACAAAUCAAGAAUACAUAAAUUACAAAAUAGAGAAAUAAGAUAAUGGUGAACAGAAACAUGCAGAUUUUUACAAGCGAUAAGAUUAUGAUUAAUAGCAAUAUUAUAAUCAAUAAAAAAGAUAACAUAAGUAGCAUAAUCGAGACUAAAGAGAAUAGGGUUAAUUAUAAUAAUAAGGUAAUUAAUAAGCAAAUAAUUUUAAAGAAAGAAAAAACUAUAGAAAAAACUACUAAAAUAAUGAAGGAUAUUCAAAUUGGUAAUAAGGGACUGAUUAAGGGUUUUAAAAUCCACAAAGAAGUAAUUCAAAUGAUAAUGAUUAACCAUUCUGUUAUCCAUAUAUAGAAGGAAAAUAGAAAAUUACAAAUUAGGAGGCCAUUGUUGAUGAUAAUAUUGAUAAUAAUAAUUACGAAGAAAAUAGAAAUAAUAAUAGUUAACAAGAAAAGAGAAGCCAAAAUUAUUAUUAGUAUAGGGAACCUCCUCAUUAUUCCCAAAUGAGAAAGGAUAGAAGAGCAGAAAAUUAUAAUAAUGCACCAAAUUAAUCAGAAUAGAAUUAAAUAUACAAUAAAAGAAGGUUCAAUUCAUAAAGGAAUAAUGAUAAUGAUUAUAAUAGAUCAGAUAAUGAUAAUCCAAUUGAUGAUCAUAAUUAUAAAAAAGAUAAAGGAAAUUAAAGAUAGAAUUACAGAAGAAGGAGUAGUGAUGAUUAUGGACUUAGUGAAUAUGGCAUCUACGUUGAUGAUGAUUAUGAUGAUAGAAGAUUCAAUAAUCAAGGAGGAAAGAGAAAUAGCAAUAAAAAAAAUGCUAAGUAUUAAGAUUUUGAAGAAUAUUGGACUGAAUAACAAAUAGAAAAAGGGAAGGCUGAAAAUGAGAUUUUUGAAGGAAUCUUUAUGGCUAACGAGUUUACAAGAGAAAAGAGUGCUAUUAAAUGUCCGAUUUUUAAGAAGAAAGUACAAAUUAAUUGUAAGUUGAUUGUUCUAAAAAAUAGCAUUCGUUGAUACAAAUAGAGCAUUUCAUGGAUCUCUUGUUGCAUUCCGAAUUACAAAAGUAUCAAAGCAAGAAAAAGAAUCUGAAGAUGAAUUAGAAGAUGAAGCAAUAACUGAAUAGAUUCCAGUACAUAAUAAUGCAAGUGUUGAAUAACAGAAGGAAAUUAAGUAAGAGAAUGAUGAACAAAAUGAUGAUAUAGAUAAUCAAGAGGAUAAUAUUGAUGACGAUGUGUCAGAAGUAUCUGAUAUCUACGUUGUUAAAAAGAAGGUGUCAAUAACUAACAUAUAGAAAUUACAAAAGGCUAGUCUUGUAGGUAAGAUUGUUGGAAUUAGAAAAAAUCCAUUCGAAUAAAGACAUUUGGUUGGAAGGAUAUGUUUCGAUGAAAAAAAAGGGUAAUAAGAUAUACAAGUGACAAAUAAGGAAGAGCUGAUAAACUAUAUGCAAUAGAAUUAUCAUGUUUCAUUUAAAUGUGUUAAUAAAAGAAUCCCAUUUUUCAAUGUGAAAGAAUUACUUACUUUUAAUUAUGAAUUGGAUAACGAAGAACCUGUUUAGAAGUUCAUGGAUUAUGUGUCAUAGAGAUACUUUUCAGCUAAAUACUUAUAAUGGCCCAGAAAUAAAAAAUAUCCAAUAGUUGAAUUGAUUAAGGAAGUCGGAGUACAGGGAAAUAUUGAUGUGGAAUGUGAGGUGAUAUUAACAGCCAAUUCGGUGUAUGACAAUGAUUUUUCUGAGAUGUGUAAGGAAGAAUUGAAGGCAUUUAGUCAUGACUCAAUAGCAAAAGAGAGAGCAAACAGAAUGGAUUUAACAAAAGAGUAUAUAUGUAGUAUAGAUCCGGUGACAGCCAGAGAUUUAGAUGAUGCAUUGAGUAUUAAUGAUCUAGGAAAUGGUGUUUAUGAGAUUGGAGUACAUAUUGCAGAUGUCUCUCAUUUUGUCAUCCCUAACAGUGAAGUAGACAAGGAGGCAAUACUUAGAACGACCUCUGUUUAUUUAGUUCAUAAGGUACUUCCAAUGUUGCCGAGGAUUCUGUGUGAAGAAUUAUGUUCAUUGAAUAAAGAUUUUGAGAGAUUAGCAUUUUCUGUGUUCUUUAAGAUUACAAGGGAAGGAGAAGUGUUAUGGGAUAGUUUCAGAGCUGCAAAAUCAGUUAUUAGAAGUUGUGCAUAGCUAAGUUAUGAUAUUGUGAAUCAAAUAAUAAAUGGGGAGAUCUAGCAGUUUAGUUAAGGAGAAGAAAGGUAUAAUGUUGCGGUAGGAUUUGAUGAAAAGAUAUUGAAGGACAAGGUGCUAUUGUUAAAUAGUAUUGCACAAAAGAGAAGAGAAAAGAGAUUAGAGGGAUCCAUAACAUUUGAAAAAAGCAAAUUAAGAUUCAUUCUUAAUGCUGAUUUGUUUCCAACUGGUUACACUGAGGAAAAGAGAGGACUUGCUCAAUUUAUGGUGGAGGAAUGGAUGUUGUUGGCUAAUUAAUUUGUGGGCAAGAAGUUGAUUGAAUAUGAUACUAGAACAGCUGUUCUUAGAUAACACAUAUCUCCUAAACCUGAAAAAUUAUAGAAUUAUCAAAACUUAUUGGAAGCUUGUGGAUUAGAAGAAAUGGCUAAAAAUUUGGAUGUGUCGACAUCUAGGAAUUUAAAAUUAACUAUGGCUAAGGUGAGUGAAAUUGAAUCUGAAGAAAUUAAAAUGAUUUUAGGGUUCCGUCUACUAAAACUAAUGGAAGCAGCCCAAUAUUUUGUUGUUGAUAAUACUCCAGAAAUCGAAUGGAGACACUAUGCCUUAGAUUUCGAUGUGUAUACACACUUUACAUCCCCAAUCAGAAGAUAUCCCGAUGUUUUAGUACACAGAAGAUUAUAGAUUGCUCUUGAAUAACAAGAAGUUGAUCAGACUGCAGAAACCAAGGAUAAAUUAAAAGCAAUUAUGUAACAUUGUAAUGAUUGCAAGUUGAAUUCCAGAAGAGUUAGUGAUUAAUGUGAUUAAGUAAUGACUCAUAAAUACAAUCUAGUUAUUCUUAGCUUUGCUCUUAAAGGCUAAUCCAGUGGAAGUAGAUGGGUAUAUACUCUCAGUUUUUAAACAACAUAUUGAAAUUAUUAUACCAAAAUUCAAUUUAGAAAGAGUAUUUUUUUAUUUAGAUUUUAAAGAAAGUUGAGUUGAAGAAUCUAAAAAAUACUUAUAAAUUCAUAGUUGAAGAAGUUGGAAAGAACAAAUCAGAGUUGAUAGUGUUCUACAAUGAUCCUGAGGAUGAGAAGGGAGUCAGAUUAUAUUUUGUGAAAGUAAGUUAUUUCAUAAUUUAAAUAGUAAUUUUAAAUAGUAAAAAUAAAAUUAUCAGGUACGGAUACAUUCCCAAUAGAUUAUUAAUUACAAAUAAUAAUUAACAAUAAAGUUUUAAUUUGAUUUGCAUUUAUAUAAGUCACAC